AUGCUUGACGACAUGGGCUUACCAGAGAAUAUCAGUGAACUGAUUUCAAACAAAUAUACUGAAGCUAUUAAAAAUAAAGAUAUAGAAUUCGUAGAGACAAAGAGAAUACACUUCAGCGAUGAACACACAGGCAUGGAUUACCUAAUUUGCCUUGUCGCUACUCUAGCUAAGAAACCAGAACGUGAUGAUAUUGAUAUUAAAGUCAAGAGGAACCCCUUUGAGGUCCCUGAACCCGAGUUGACUGUAUUGAACGAUGCGCUAGGGGACGGAAGGUACAAGCUUGUAUUGAAUAAAUUCCCUGUCAUUCCCGAGCAUGGUCUAUUGAUUACAAACAAGUUUGAACAGCAGAAAGUGCCCUUGACCAUUGAAGAUGUCGCUGCUGCACAUCAAUUGGCACGGAGUCUAGAGAAUGAUAUUGAUGGACAAAAACAUAUUAUUUUUUAUAACUGUGGGAUUGACGCUGGAUCAUCACAAGACCAUAAGCACAUGCAGGUUUUGAGAGUGCCUGAGGGCUUUGAGUUGUUACAAGACAAGAUUGUUGCAGAUGCAUCUGCAACAUCGUUGGAACCACUCUAUAAUAAGAAGGUCUCAUUUGCACAUUUUGUAAUGAAACUUCCAAUUGAAUCUAGCAAAGAGUACCUUUACAAGUGCUACACUGAAUUGUUACAAAAAGCAAUCUUAACCAAACCAUCAGAUCUGCAAGAACAAAAAGAUCACAAUGUGAUAAUUUGUAAAGAUUGGAUAUGUGUGAUUCCUAGAGCCUCAACUAAAGCUCGAUCAAUGGAUAUAGCUUUUAAUUCACUUGGAUACUCAGGGAUAAUACUGGUUAAACAUUUAAGUGUGUUUAAUGAAAUAGCAAACCAACCAUCUCAAAUGGAUAAACUCUUAUUAGAAUGUGGCUUUCCCAACGUCCGUCAACCAAUCGAUUAG